AUGCCGCUAUCAUUUGGAAAGUAUAUGAACCUUGCGUUCCACCUGGAUUCGGCACUUGAGCCGGUUCCCACAGAAAUAUCGCGGAAAAUCGUUUCAAGUGCAGUGUCGCCGGUGGUGACAGUGACCUCGACUGCAGCUCUAGACGAACACAUCCAGGAGUCGUAUGGUGUUGAUUCGCUCUAUAUGCUGCUGCGGUACUUCGGAGACUGCGUAUCAGAUAGGGAUCAAGCUGAGGCAGGUCCGGAGCUUGGCACGGAGUCUGGCAAAAAUAGGAACCGAGCUCGCUCUAAUAGCCUUUUCCAGCGGCAAGCUUCGCAUUAUCUCAGGUUCACACGUCCUCUCACAGACUUGAUUGACGUGCGUGAAUCCCGCGACUUGCUCUUUGAUUAUCACUCGCUGGAGGUUUUUCUGGAAAAGUAUCUCAGCCUGGUUGAGGCCAACACUACAUCAGAUACACCACACACGCUUCUCCAACACUCCAUCUACCAUAAGUUCUUUACAACCGCUAUUUCUUCCACGGCGCACCUGUCGCCGUACGAAUCUUUCAAUCAUCCGGUCGCUUCACUUUUAGCGCUCGAUAUUUCGAAAGACCAGGGCUACGAGGAGGCUAGAGAUCUUUUGAUUGCUUUUAAGAACAUGCAUAAUACAACUCCCCACUUUCCAGCUUUCAUAAAUGUGAACGACAUCUUACCUGUGUUUCUGCUGUGUUAUGAAGAGGACUCGCGCGAACAAUUCGAGCUAUGCCAGUCCUUAUCUAAGACCAUCAAAAAACAAUUAUUCGUGGAAAGUUUGCUUUUACCUUGUUGGGGUCAGAAUAUCAACGCCGGGGCUUCCCCCAGCCGUAUCUUGCAUCAGCCAAUAAUGUCGUCCCUGGAGGAAACCAUGUAUUCAAUGAUGAAAGAAAGUACGAUUACACUUCCCCUUUCCCUAAUCAACUACAUAUACGACCGCCUUACAAACCUAAUUGAUGAACUCAUGAUUCCUUUCAUGAAGCGCAAGAUCUCCUUUUGGGACGAAAGCAUACUGCAACCUCGAAAAUCAAUCUUUCCAAACUCAAAAUUCUUCCGCAAGCUCAUAUCAAAAACUCCCGCGCCUCCACCUGCGAGCGAUUCCGCGACCCAUAGCCAACAAGGAGUUGCAUAUUUCGCAGCUACAUCUAACGAGUUUAUUCUUCGAAAGUUGGCGGAUUGGUCUUUUAUGCUGUCAGACUUCAAAAACGCCUAUUCUACGUAUGAAUUACUUUCCAAGGAUUUUGAACAACGUCCAGAAUACUUAGCAUCAUGCUUGGAGUGGUGUGCUCUUUCUGUACUGAUGGGUGCGCAAAGCAUAGUCACGGUGAAAAUGAUCAAGAACGACAUUGAUCCUUUGAUCAACAGGGCUUUAAAGUCAUAUGAACUAUCUGCUCGUAAAGCAAAAGAAAAAAACGCACAGCUGAAGAGUAGCGCACUUGCAAAAAAAGCUGAGAAAGACUCAAAAAGUGCUACUCUCCCUUCAACUGUUUCGGAUGAACAUAGUGGUCAAGAACUAGAUGAGGGUGUAAGUUCAGCUCCCUCACAGUCUGCUCAAAGUUACGAAACAAGGUGUAUGCUUUUAGCUGCUGAACUGUUUUUGAGCUUGAGCGACACGUGGACUGCAACCCCAUAUGCCAUCAAGUAUCUCGAAACAAUUCUUGAUGAAUGCACAUUAGGUUCACUAUCUGAAAUUGUGUUAUGGGAAAGAUUGGCUUACUGUUAUGCUCUAAGAGUCGAUCCUAGGGUUAAAGGAAAGCUGCCCAGCUUAGAUGGGCAAAGCGGCCAGAACGAAAAACGGGGAGAAGAGUCGGAAGGCUCUGAUGAGUCUGACGAUGAAACCCAGAAAUAUGACCACAAAAUAUCGCAAAAUUGCAUGGCUUCUCUUGGCUUAGCAAGAAGGCGCAAGUCAACACUAUUCCGUUUGAUAGCGACCAAAAAAUGGACAGAAUCUAAACAGUGGAGACAAGCUUAUUGGGGGCUCAAGGACAUCGAGGUAGUGUAUUCUGAACUGGACUUUGCUAAUAGAGACGAUUUGAUUUUGGAGAAGCUGCGAAAAAAGAUUCACGAACACGAGCCACUACCUCAGAAGUUGAAUACUUCUUUCAUCAGUACGUAG